AUGGCGUCUAUUAAAGAGGAGAGUGAAGACAUUAAGAUUGAAGAUGCAAUCAGUGUGAAACAAGAAGAUACUGAGGAACAAACAGAUCUGAUGCCGCAGAAAGAGGAGAGUGAAGUACUUGAUGGAAUGAAAGAAAAAGAUCAGUGUAAGAACAAUCAAGAUACCGUAACUGAAGAAUUAUCUUAUAAGACUUCCUCACAAAAAAGUAAUUUCACCUGCCAACAGUGUGGAAAGGGUUUCUCUUUAAAGGCAAGCCUGAAACGCCACAUUGAUGCUCACUCUGGAGAGAGGCCUUACGCCUGCCCGCAGUGUGGAAAGUGUUUCAAUAAAAAAGCAACCCUACAAGAACACAUACGUAUACACACUAGAGAAAAGCCUUAUACGUGCCCUCAGUGUGGAAACUGUUUCACUCAGCAAGGAAACUUUAACAGGCACAUGAGAGUUCACACUGGAGAGAAGCCUUACGCCUGCAAACUGUGUGAAAAGAGCUUUACAACAAAACUAAACCUUAAGGAUCAUAUAAACAGUCACACUGGUGAGACGCCAUUUACAUGUGAUCAGUGUGAAAGGAGGUUCCGAUAUAAGAUAACCCUUAAAAGGCACAUGAAGGUUCACUUAAGAGAGAGCAGUUUUACAUGUCCUCAGUGUGGAAUGAGUUUCUCAGACAGCAAAAACCUUACGAAUCAUGUGAUUACUCACACUGGAGAGAAACCACACAUGUGCCUUCAAUGUGGAAAGACUUGCUCAAACAAUACAAAUCUUGCUGUUCACAUGAGAGUUCAUACUGGAGAGAAGCCUUUCACUUGCCCUCAGUGUGGAAGGAGCUUCAGAUUCAUUGGAAACUUUCAGACUCACAUGAGAGUUCACACCGGAGAGAGGCCUUACAUCUGCCCUCAUUGUGGAAAGAGCUUCAGAUUUAUUGGAAACUUCCAGACUCACAUGAGAAUUCACACAGGAGAGAGACCUUACAAGUGUCUUGAGUGUGACGAGAGUUUCUCAUAUCAGAGAAACCUGAAAAACCAUCUGUUAACUCACUCUGGAAAGGAAUUCUAGUGUUUCCUCAGUGGCAAGAGAUUUACAAAAUAGAGCAAUUUCAAAAAUCAGCAGCUCAUUCAUUUUAGAGAAUAGCAAAUUUUUAAAUAAAAUUUGGCUCUGCAAUUUAAAUGGGACUAGAGAAUACUAGUAAUGGCGUGAAAUUUCAACAAGUUUCAAAUAUGAAUAGUUGCGAGUAGGGAUGCACAAUAUAGUU